UUCGGCUACUGACGCCCAACGCACGAGAACUACAGCUCCCAGCAUGCUAUGCGCUCGCCGCGAGCGCGCCGCACGUAGCUGACGUACGCUGUAGCGCGGGGAAUUUCGAGUGGAGGAGCUGCGUGGCAGGCCGGUAGCUGGCGGUCUCAUCAGGUGCGACCAUGGAGGUCCUGGCCGAGCCACGAUGGCCUCCGGGGUUGGCGGUGAUGAAGACAAUAGAUGACUUGCUGCGCUGUGGGAUUUGCUUUGAGUAUUUCAACAUUGCAGUGAUAAUCCCCCAGUGCUCUCACAACUAUUGUUCACUCUGUAUAAGAAAAUUUUUGUCCUAUAAAACUCAGUGCCCAACUUGUUGCGUGGCAGUAACGGAGCCAGACCUGAGAAAUAAUCGCCUCUUAGAUGAACUGGUAAAAAGCAUGAAUUUUGCACGGACUCGCCUGUUGCAGUUUGCUUUAGAGUCACCACCCAUAUCUCCUGUGUCUUCCACCUCAAAGAAGGUUGUUGUUAAAGUACAUAAUGCUGAAGCCACCCAACACCAUGUCAAUCAGGGGAACAGGUUAAUGGAUAAGUUCCUGAUUAGAGAAACUGGUGAUUGUGUAUCGGAGUUGUUGGGAAAAGAAAAUGAGAGGAAAUUCAAUCCUCAGAAAGAGAUAAGCGCCUCUGCUGAGAUUAAAGAGACAAGUCUCCUAGGAAAGACGGUACUUGGUCUCUCAGAUGCUAAUGGACCUGUGACACCCUCUACAUCCACCAUGAAACUGGAUACUAAAGUGUCUUGUCCUGUUUGUGGGGUCAACAUUCCAGAAAAUCAUAUCAAUAAGCAUUUAGACAGUUGUUUAUCACGUGAAGAGAAGAAGGAGAGCCUUAGAAGCUCUGCUCACAAAAGGAAGCCGUUGCCCAAAACUGUAUAUAACUUACUCUCUGAUCGUGAUUUAAAGAAAAAGCUGAAACAGCAUGGCUUAUCUGUUCAAGGAAACAAACAGCAGCUUAUUAAAAGGCAUCAGGAGUUUGUGCACAUGUAUAAUGCCCAGUGUGAUGCUUUGCAUCCUAAAUCAGCUGCUGAAAUCGUCCAAGAAAUUGAAAACAUGGAGAAGACCAGGAUGCGCCUUGAAGCAAGUAAACUCAAUGAAAAUGUCAUGGUUUUUACAAAGAACCAAACAGAGAAGGAAAUAGAGGAAAUUCACAGUAAAUAUCGUAAAAAGCACCAGAGUGAAUUCCGGCUUCUGGUGGAUCAGGCCAAAAAAGGAUAUAAGAAAACUGGCAGAGUUUCAAAAGCUGCAGCAAAGAGAAAAGAUGAAUCUGCAAAGACACUGCCAUCUGAAUAUAUGGCAAAAGAAGAUAAUGUGAGCUUCCCAGAUACUGUCUCAGUAACAGAGUGCUUUCCUCAGUGCACGCUGGACUCCCCAGGGCCGUCGGAGCCUGAGAGGCCAGAUGAUUCUUCUAGUUGUACUGAUAUUCUCCUCUCCUCAGAGUCAGACUCCUGCAAUAGUUCCAGUUCAGACAUCAUAAGAGAUCUUCUGGAAGAAGAGGAAGCCUGGGAAGCGGCUCACAAAAAUGAUCAAAACAGAGAAGUAAGCCCACAACAGAAUCGGCGCACUAGAGCCACUGAACGUGUCGAGAUUGAACCAAGAAACAAGCGGAAUAAGAAUUAGUAGGGCUUUUGUCAGCUUUUCCGUACAGUGACCUGAACAUGAUGUUUUUAUUGCCAUGUGUGGUUUCAUAUUUAGCAAUAUCCGAGGAAGAUUUUUAAGUCUAAAUGCAAUAGUUAAUUCAUUUUCAUUCUUCUUCGCCUUCCUGAACAACAACAACAACAACAACAACAACAACAGCAACAAAAUCAAAAACAGAAAGAGAAGUUCUGAAAUGACCCAUCUUGGUCAGUGGCUUCUUUCCUUGCCUUUAAGACAUUUCUCCACUACGAUCACAUCCGCCAGCUUUGCAGAGUAUAUAUUUCUUUGCAGGAGUGUUUGCCUUGCUUUGACUUCUCUGUUUCAGGAUGUUUUAAAGUCAUUUUUCAGUUUUUUUUCACUGGGGAACAAACCUCAGAAGCAGCUUCUUUUCAUCCUCUUGACAGUAACAAGCCUACUGUGAGAAUCUGCAUGCUUUCGUCAUAGACCACACCCUGGGAGGAAGCCUGGUGCCGGGCCACCAGCAGCUACUGCUUAGUACCCAAGUUAAAUGUGUUUACAUGUAGAGUAGGUUUAUAAUGGAAAUCACAAAUCCAGGGAAGUUAGUAUUGUGAUUUCAGGGGACAGUCACAAUGACUCUGGAACAUAUGUGUGUAAUUCUGGAGUAGCACUUAAAAAUUAUUACUCCAAGUGUUUCCCACUGGGGUCAGGCAGGUCUCUAACACUUUGAAUCCCAGCUGUUAAACAAACAGACAAAAAAGUAAAAUAAAUGGAUUUUAUCAAUGAAUAUACAAUUGGUAACGUCCUUGAAACAGUGUCUUGUGAGUAUUUGAAUAGAGGCUAUAAAUUUUUAUAUUGCAUUUCUCAUAAAAUUUGUUAAUGUGUGAAAAAUGCCUUCAGUUCCCAGUUUCACCUGCUUUUGGCAUUUCAAAUUAUCCUGCCCCUAUGUCAGCCACUCAGACACAUGGUCUUUUACUUACUGCAGCACUAUGGCUGUGGUACCAGUCUGUUGCUGAUGGGAAAACGGGCUUCUCCUCUUCAGAUAAUAGCUCUGUGGACACAGGCUUUUUGCUGUACUUUGGAACGUCUGGCACAUACGCACGCACGCAGGCACACAUGCACGCACGAGCUUCUGGCAUGUACACACAUGCAUGCAUGCCUCUAUCUCUCUCUCUCUCUCUCUCUCUCUCUCUCUCUCUCUCACACACACACACACACACUAUAGCUGUUUAGCUACUAUAUAACUAAAUUUUGUUACCAUUAGGAGUUGCAAUGUAAAUAUCUGUUUGAUGGCCUUACAUCUCUCCCUCUCCUUCCCUCUCCCUCCCCCUCUCCCUUUCCCUUUCCCUCUCGCUCUCCUUUUUCCUCCCCCUCCUCCUCUCUCUGUCUCUGUCUCUGUCUCUCUCUUUCCCUCUCUCUCUCUCUCUGUCUCUGUGUGUCUGUAUCUGUGUGGGGGUGUUGGUAUGGGGUCUCAUUAUGACUAGAGUUGAAUGUUUUCACACUGACAGUGCCAUUAGUUUUCCUCAUGUGUUCUGUGAGUUUGGGAAAUGGACAGCAAGACCACUCACUGAAUGAUGAAGCAGUGAGCAGGGUUAACAUCGCCGUGUUUUAGAUCACUGAGUUACCAGUGAAUGCCAUGUUGCAUUAAAAAAAAAAUGACAUAAUCUGCCAUCCAUUAAACUGGAAGCAAUUACUGUUGUGGCAAAAGCAUUUUACAAAGGAGAGGAGAAACACAAGCUGGGCACCCCGGCAUGUGAAUUCGGACAGUAAGCUCUCAGUCACGGUACUGAGUAGUGGGGAUGUAGUGAUGGUGAGGGUUCAUUGCGCUGUGAAAACAGUUCUCAGUGGGAUAGAUAGGAGUGUUUGUUCCUCAAGGACAGAGGAGCUGAAGUGGAGAUGGUUUUGUUUAUUAUGACUGAGGGGCUGUGGGCAGGGGCCUGGGCUUCUGUCAAGCAUCAUCCUCCUUAUCACAGUGAGCAUUGAUUUUCCUCAUGGUUCUAGGGGCUGGAAGGCUAGAUCAAUAGGCUGUCUCCUGAGGCCUCUCUCCUUGUCUCGUAGACAGUGGCCUUCUCAGAGUGUCCUUAGAUGUUCUCUCUGCACGUGUGUCUGUCUCAUCUCUCCCUGUGAGGAUACCCAUCAUGCUGGAUCACACCAUUCUUGUGACCUCACUUUAUUUUUUAAUGAGUCUCUAAAUAUAGUCUUGCAGCUAGGACUUACUACAUGUAUGGACUUAACUACAUUUAUGUCUGGGGCCCGUAAUACCCCUUAGGAUUUAUCUAGACCAGGGUUCUCAAACUUCCUAAUGCUGUGACCCUUUAAUACAGUACCUCACAUUGUGGUGACCCCCAAGAAUAAAAUUGUUUUCCAUUGCUCCUAUAUAACUGCAAAUCUUGUUACCAUUAUGAGUUGCAAUGUAAAUAUCUGUGGGUUUGGUGGUCUUAGGUGAGCCCUGUGAAAGGCUUUCUCCAUCCCCAAAUGGGUUACAACCCAUAGAUUGAGAACUGCUGGUCUAGGCUAACACCACAGCAGUACCAAGAUGAACUAACGUGGACCAUACAUAGUCCUGGCAUACUACCUUCUGUGUCACUCUUUCCACCUCAUCUUCCACAGGGCGCCCUGAGAGCUGAGGGGAGGGUUUUGAUUGGAAACAUCCUGACUAGGAAUGAGUGCUCCAAAGUUUAUUACUCUCUGCAUCUUGGCAACCUGAUGGUCUCCAUGUUUGCUGCCAUCUACUGCAGGAGGAAGCAUCUCUGAUGAUGGCUGAGCAAGGCAUUGAGUAUAGCAGGAUCUAGUUAGGACGCACUUGAUUGCUACACUCCUCAAGCAGAGCAGUAGUAGUAGUUAGUUUUCCCCUUGGUCCCUGGUCUAUCUAGUCUCAGGUUCUUGGCCGUCCAUGCAGCACUGUGGGUUCUAUCUCAUGGAGUGAGACUUAAGUCCUGUCAGAUAUUGGUUGGUUACUCCCACAAGGUCUGUUCCACUGAUGCACCAGCACAGCUUAGAUGCAGCUCACCAUUGUAGAUGGAAGGGUGUGUGGCUUGGUUGGUGUUUACCUUUCUCCUUUGAUAGUGAACAGAACACUUUCCAGUACCACAAGCAUAGUCCCUUAGGAGUGAAAACUCUAGGAAGGCACUAGCAUGACUUCUCCAUGUCCAAUGACUGUUAAGUGCCAUGUUCAGCAAUGGGGACUUCCUGUCAGGUUAUGGAGCACAACCGGUACUGCAAUAGGACCCCUUUGGCCAACAAGUCAAUUAGAUGUAAUCCAUUGCCAAUACUAAAAGCUUCAUUUAGUAACUAGAGUCAUCCAGUUGGUGUUGGUGGCAAUUUCAUUUAGAUCUUCUAUUCUACUAUAUUGGGUUUCUAUACAACACCUCAAAGGGUCCUGAAGUUUAGCUGUCCUAUAUUCCUUCCCUUGUCUCUGUCUUCUCUGUCCCUCCACAUUUGACCUUUCUGUUCCAGACCCUGUCUCUCAACCAUCCAUAAAUAUGUAAUCCUAUUUUUAUGGAAAUCUGUCCCUUUCCCCUAAUCCCUAACCUUAUACCUAAGCUAUGGUUAUACAGAUUGUAGUGUUAAUCGCUAACAUCCACAUAUAAGUUAAUAUGUACCCUGUUUCUCUUUCUGGUGCUGGCUCACCCAAUCAAGAAUGACUUUUUCUAGCACCAUCCAUUUUCCUGCAAGUUUUAUGAUUUCUUUUUUUCUGUUUUUAGCUGUUAAGUAGUAGCUGAUUAUGUACAUGUCCUACAUUUUCUUUAUCCCUCUAUCUGUUGAGAGAUACCUUUGAUAUUUCCAAUUUCUGGCUAUUAUGAAUAGAACAUCAAUGAACAUGGUUGAGCAAGUGUCUCUAUAGUAGGAUGAAGCAUCCUUUGGACAUAUGCCCAAGAGAGGUAUCGCGAGGUAGAUUGAUUCCCAGCCUCCUGAGGGCAACCACACUGAUUCCAUAGUGGCUGUACAAGUUUGCAUUCCCCCAGCAGCCCAUAAAUGUUCACUUUGCUCCAAAUCCUAGCCAACAUGAGUUGUCAUGAGUGUUACUGAUCUUAGCCAUUUUGAGAGGCAUAGGCUAGAAUCUCAAAAUAGUUUUGAUUUGAAUUUCCCUGAGUACAAAGAUGCUGAACAUUUCUUUGUUUCUCAGUCAUUUGAGUUUAUUUUAUUGAGAUUUGUCUGCUUAGAUAUGUACUCCAUUUUACAUUCUUUUUUUAUUUCCUUAAUAUUUUAAUAUAAAAACAAAAUUUUACAGAUUAGAAUACAUAAUAAAAACUUAUUUUUCAUCUUUUAUUGAGUUCCAAGUGCUUUUUUGUAUUUUCCCUUGUUUGUUUCUUUUUAUUGAAAAAGGAAGUAAAAACAUUUUAUGAUAAAAUGAAAGAUUUACACGGAAAAUAUUUCUGACAAAAUUGAAGAAAUAUAUAGAAAAACAUGUUAAAAUUGACAAUUUUCAUGGAAAAUUAAAGAUUAAAAUGGUAGACAUAAAAACAUUGCUAAAUUAUUUGAAAAAGGAAGUAGAAACGUAUGAUAGAAUUGAAGAUUUAUGUGGAAAAAUAUUUCUGAUAAAAUUGUAGAAAAAUAUAGAAUAACAUUUUUUUCCCCCGAGACAGGGUUUCUCUGUGUAGCCCUGGCUGUCCUGGAACUCACUCUAUAGUCCACACUGGCCUCGAACUCAGAAAUCCGCCUGCCUCUGCCUCCCAAGUGCUGGGAUUAAAGGCCUGCGCUGCCACCACCGCCCAGCUAGAAUAACAUGUUAAAAUUGAAGAUUAUCAUGGAAAAUUACAGAUAAAAUGGUAGGUAUAAAAAUAUUCCUAAGUUGAUUGAAAGUGAAAUUAUAAACAUUUUCUGAUAAAAUUGAAGAUUUCCAUGGAAAACAUCUCUGAUAAUAUUGAAGAAAAAUAUAGAAAAACACAUUAAGAUUGACUAGUUCAUGGAAAAAUUAUACAGAUAAGAUAGUAGGCAUAAAAAUACUCCUAAAUUGAUUGAAAGUGGACUUAUAAACAUUUUCUGAUAAAAUUGAAGAUUUGCAUGGAAAAAUAUCUGAUAAAAUUGAAGAAAAUAUAGAAAAACAUGUUAAGAUUAAUUAUUUCAUGGAAAAAUUAUACAGAUAAGAUGGUAGGCAUAAAACUAUUCGUAAGUUGAUUGAAAGUGGAAUUAUAAACAUUUUCUGAUAAAAUUGAAGAUUUACAUGGAAAAUAUUUCUGAUAAAAUUGAAGAAAUAUAGAAAAAACAUGUUAAAACUGAAGAUUAUCGUGGAAAAUAAUAUAGAUAAAAUGGUAGACAUAAAAACAUUACUAAAUUAAUUGAAAGACGAAUUACAAACAUUUUCUGAUAAAAUUGAAGAUUUACAUGAAAAAUAUUUCUGUUAGUCUAUUUAUUUUUGGGGGGGAAUUGAGUCAUUGAUGUUAAGAGAUAUUAAGGAAUAGUGAUUGUUACUUCCUGUUAUUUUUGACAUUAUUUUUAUGCUUGUAUGAUUACUUUCUUUUGGGUUUGUUGGAAGGAGAUUACUUCCUUACUUUUUCUAGGGUGUAGUUUCCCUCCUUGUGUUGGCAUUUUCCAUCUAUUAUCCCUUGUAGGGCUGGAUCUGUGGAAAGAUAUUGUGUAAUUUUGGUUUUAUCAUGGAAUAUCUUGUUUUCUUCAUCUAUGGUGAUUGAGAGUUUUUCUGAUGUGGGUGGAAUAAAUAGGACUAUCACCAAAAUGCAUUGUAUGAAAUUCUCAAAGAAUUAGUAAAAAAAAAAAAAUUAAAAUAUAUUCUUAUAUAUUA